AUGGGUACCACAAUGUUCUUCACUUGGAUGAUACUGUUAAUGUCCGAAACUCUGCAGACUACCACAGUUUCUGGAUAUACAACAGCUUCAGAAACAGAAACACCGGGAUACACUCCAUCAUGGCCCUGGUACACAACAACUGCCUAUUACGACUGUGGUGGCCACCUCUCAGGUUUUUCUGGGGAAUUCUCUAGUCCAAACUAUCCUAGUUACUAUCCAAACAAUGCACGAUGCAUCUGGGAAAUACAAGUGGAAUAUAAUACUUACGUAUACGUCCAGUUUGACCAUGUUGCACUGGAACCGAAUAGUAACUGCAAUUUCGAUUUUAUUGAAAUCUAUGAGCGACAGCCAAAUGCAUCUACUUUGCUGGGAAGAAUAUGUACUGGUAGCUAUGAAAUAUUUACAUCCAAUUCAAACAGAGUGACCGUUGUGUUUUCGAGCGAUGGCAGUUACCAAAAUACAGGAUUUCAUGCUUCUUAUUAUACUGUCUUCAUAGACCCGACGACACCUGCAACUACUACUACUACAACUACAUGGCUGCCUUCAACAGACUAUUACCACUGUGGUGGCCACCUCUCAGGUUCUUCUGGGACAUUCUCUAGUCCAAACUAUCCUAGUUACUAUCCAAACAAUGCACGAUGCAUCUGGGAAAUACAAGUGCAAUAUAAUGGUUAUGUACAUGUCCAGUUUGACCAUGUUGCACUGGAACAGUACACUAACUGCGCUCACGAUUUUAUUGAAAUCUAUGCGCAAGAGUCAUAUACAUCUACUUUGCUGGGAAGAAUAUGUACUGGUGGCUAUCAAGCAUUUACAUCCUAUUCAAAUAGAAUGAUGGUUGUGUUUUUGAGCGAUGGCAGUUACCAAAAUACAGGAUUUCAUGCUUCUUAUUAUACUGUCUUCCGAGGCUCGACGACACCUGCUCCUACUACUACUCCAACAUGGUGGCCUUCAGAUGUUUUUGCUCUCAGACUGGUGAAUGGCCAGAACAGAUGUGAGGGCCGUGUCGAAAUUUAUGCCAAUGGAACCUGGGGGACAGUGUGUGAUGAUUUAUGGGACAUAAACGAUGCUCAAGUUGUAUGCAGGCAGCUUGGAUGUGGAUGGGCCAUUUCUGCACCAGGAAGUGCCCGAUUUGGUCAAGGCAGAGGAAAUAUUUUCCUGGAUGAUGUGCAGUGCAGAGGAAAUGAACACUUUGUCUGGCAAUGUCAACACAGAGGGUGGGGCAUACAUAACUGUGGCCACAGUGAAGAUGCCGGUGUCAUUUGUUCAGGGCUGGAAUUGAGACUGGUGAAUUCAUCUAGCAGAUGUGAAGGUCGUGUUGAAAUUUAUUACCAAGGAUCAUGGGGAACAGUCUGUGAUGAUUCCUGGGAUCUCUAUGAUGCAGAUGUUGUAUGCAGGCAACUUGGAUGUGGAUCUGGUGUUGCAGCAAAGACCAGUGCCUGUUACGGUCAAGGCUCAGGAAAUAUUGUUCUGGAUGAUGUGAGGUGCAGAGGAUGGGAAUACCGUCUAUGGGACUGUCCUCAUUCAGGAUGGCUCUCUCAUAACUGUGGUCAUCAUGAAGAUGCCGGUGUCAUCUGUUCAGGUUCUACUACUACUCCAACGUGGCUGCCUUCAACAGCAAAAUAUACUUGUGGUGGCGUCCUUCAGUAUUCAUCGGGGACAUUUCAAAGCCCGUUCUAUCCUGGGAAUUAUCCAAACAAUGCAGAUUGUGUGUGGGAAAUAGAAGCAGUGAGCAAUUACCGUGUAACACUUUCAUUUAGCGAUAUAGCGACAGAAGGUGGUACAUGCCGGUAUGAUUAUAUUGAGAUAUAUGAUGGGCCACUCUAUACCUCUCCUUUACUGGGGAAAAUUUGUUAUGGUUCCUAUCUCACAUAUACAUCGUCCUCAAACUUGAUGACAGUUCGAUUUCACAGUGACUCGAGUAUAACAAACAGAGGGUUCCGUGCUGCCUAUUACACCAUUCCAGCAGAUCAGAAUACUACUCUUCUGUGCUUGCCAGAAUACAUGCAUGCAGUUGUUAACAGAGCCUAUCUCCGCUCACAUAGUUACAAUGCAUGGGAUGUCAGCUUGAAUGACCCUUAUUGUAGACCAAACAUUACAUCAAACUAUGUUAUAUUCAACAUCCCAUACAAUGGCUGUGGGACAAGACGAGAGGGAAACAACAACACUAUCAUCUAUUCCAACUUGAUCAAAGCAAUCUCUUCUGGUUUCACAAUCAAAAGGCAAAAAGAUCUUCACUUGCAUAUCAAUUGCAAAAUGCUCCAAAAUAGAUGGAUAGAAAUAAUGUAUGUUGCUGAGGAUGUUACUGAAGUCAAUGAAACUCAGUACGGCAGAUACAACGUGACCAUUUCAUUUUAUAAAUCACCAUCCUUCUCAUGGCCAGUGUAUGAUUCUCCAUACUACGUUGACUUGAACCAGAAUUUAUUCCUUCAAGCUUCAAUUCACAGCUCUGACCCAAAUCUGGUGUUGUUUUUGGACACGUGUGUUGCAUCACCCGAUCCCAAUGAUUUUACAACAGUAACCUUUGACAUUAUCAGGAGCGGGUGUGUUAGAGAUCCUUUCUACGGUACAUACUAUUCACCCUACAGCUCCACCAUACGCUUCAAAUUUAAUGCCUUCAAGUUUUUUAACAAACAUACAUCAGUUUACCUGCAGUUUAAAAUGGUGGUGUGCAGGGUAUAUGACUAUUCUUCCCGAUGCUACCAGGGCUGCAUACCCAGGUCCAAAAGAGAUACAAGCUCUUACCAAGAAGAAGUGGAUGUUGUUGUUGGGCCAGUUCAGCUUCGGAAAGAUGGCACUAAGAACAGGAAUGCUGAGCUGGACUAUUCUGAACAUCAGGAAGAUGUGGAUUCCCGUGGUUCACUUACUGCUACUGAUGAUCAUUCCCAGGCUCCAUUUAUUGUUACGGGUGUGGUGCUUGCAGCUGUUAUUUUCACUCUUGUUGGGUUUCUUUUGAAAAAUAAACUGAGGAGACCGAUUCCAUACGAGAUAAUGUGA